AGGCCGGCAGCCAGAGCCUGGAGGACCAACGCAGAUUCAAGGUGCAGCGCUGCUCUGAAUCCGUGUGAACCAGCGCCAACGACAAGAUGGGCCUGCAGCUGAAAAUGUUUGGAGGAUCGCAAUUAGGCCUCUUGAGACCGUUUUACGUACGGCCAGCAUCAAUCACACUUCCGAUCUCGCGGUGCUUCUCUACGACAUCCCCUGCCUUCGAUUGGCUGACGCCUAAGUUCGCGGAGAGGUCAAAGUCGCCAAAGGGCCGGCCAAGUCUUGCCACAGGGGGCUCUUCCCGGGGUACGACUGUUGUCUGGGGUGAUUAUGGCUUACGCAUGAAAGACCACGACCGCCGCGUAUCGGCUGCGCAGCUCAAAGUCGCGGAGGAAACGAUUCGCAAACGGCUACGAGGCAUGAAAUAUGCUCUUUACAAGCGGGUGAGCGCCAACAUCGGCGUUUACACCAAGGGCAAUGAACAGCGUAUGGGUAAAGGCAAGGGAAAAUUCGACUACUGGGCGGCCCGGAUCUCUGUGAGCAGAGUCGUCUUCGAGAUUAAGGGUAAAAUUCACGAAAAGAUUGCUCGGGAAGCAUUUCGACUGGCUGGCCACAAGCUCCCUGGAAUGUGGGAGUUCGUGAAUAAAGACGAUCCCCCGGUGGUUGGACUGACGAAACUUGGCGACGGGGUGACAUUGGAGAGCCUCAAACGACCACGCCGAAGCCCGCCUCUACCGACCGCGGCUUCCAAGACGACAGCCUCCAGCGUGCCCCCUUCGCAAUAGUGCUCUCGACCGCCUUCAUGCUCAACUUUUCUCCAUCAUCAUCUUCUUCUGAGUAGGCGUCUAUGCCCCGACGUCUGACCCGGGACCGUACCCCUGUUGUCUCCUCGCCCUCGCCGCGGCAGCGUCAUCGUCGGCAGUUCGAUCU